AAGGUUUUAUAAUAUAAUAUAACAUGGUGAUGUACAAUGAGUUGUGAUGUGUGCAAACACAGUCCGUAGGAGCAGCAGUUUUUUUCUGUGUGAUAUAAGUGUGCAAAUGGCAAUGGUAGUGAAGAAGGCGUCAACAGGUGUAAAUAUAAUGUCAUUAAGUGUGGUCCAAUGAUAGAGUUGUGUGAUAAAGUGUGUCAUUUGUGUAGAUAUUGGUCUCCAGCCCCAGGAGGAAGAAGCUGGACCCGGCUGUAGCCUCUAGGUGGCGCCAGGGGGCCUCGGUGCUGCACACGAAGCGUACGAUCCAAACGGGCUGCGUUAGCUUCGCUGUCAUGACGUUGGGAUGUUUUUUUUCCUCCUCUCCACCGUCAACGAGACACCGAACACCGACAUCCACGAAGCCCGUCGCUCCCUGAACCACAUCCAGCGUGAGGUCGGCUCCGCGUCCCGCCUGGUCCUGGAGGUACGUGUUUUAACGGCGGGCGGCUCGGUGCUGCUCACCGGGGACACUGCGCAGCGUCAAACCGCGGCGUUAGCCCGUUAGCUCGGGUUAGCAUGCUCGGCUACUUUGACGGCGGAAAGAGUCGAGGUAACGCCGGCGUUUCUCUCUCCCCCCACCCCCCCACUCCCACCACCCCCCGGUGUCCGGGGGCCACAGAGCUGGAAUAGAGGAACAGCCGUGGGUUUAAAAGUAAAACGACGGGACACGAUGUCUCGACGUUUUCUUUUAAUUUGAGUCCCGGUGUAAGAUGAGUGUAGCAGACCAAGCUAGCUAGCGUGUUGUCAGGCUAAGGUCAAGAAGCUGGCCAGUCUGACGGCUAACGCUAACAAACAUGGUUUCCUGCCAGCGGGUCUGUAAACGUGUUGUGUGACAGCUCGUCUCGUAACUUCACCGUGACUGGCUGACAUCGACGCAGUCUGACGGGUCCAGCCCGGAGCCUGGAGCGGUGUCGUGUUCGGCAUUCAGCGGAAGUGGUGACCUUGCCUAAUUGACACACUGCUGCUUCUGCCCACCCCCCAUCUCUGCCCCCCCCCACCCCCUGUCGGGAUUGGGUGUCCGUGCUGCCGGCAGUGGAUUGGAGCACUCUGAUUGGAGGUUUUGCGAGGUGGUUUUUCGGUCUGGCGCCGCCUCCCCCCGGGGCCGGCGUGCGCUCCCAGCAGCCCGUGGUGCCCUGUGCCCCCCCUUCCCCGUCACUACACAACAGAGCCCAUGCCCAGGGAGGAGGCGCAGUGCGUCCACCAGGAGCCAUGUGCCUCCCUCACACCAACAACAUGGACAACAAGCUACAGGGUGCGGGACAGGGGGGAGGGGCUUCACUUCGACUACGAGCAGGUGGCGUUCCACUGGAGCCCUUCAUACACCAGGUGGGGGGUCACACCAGUAUGAUGCGUUAUGAUGACCACACAGUGUGUAAACCUCUGAUCAGCAGAGAGCAGCGAUUCUACGAGUCUUUGCCUCCAGAGAUGAAGGAGUUCACUCCUGAGUAUAAAGGCAUAGUGCUGGUUUGUUUUGAAGGUGAUUCUGACGGCUACAUCAACCUGGUGGCCUACCCUUACGUGGAGAGCAACAUGGAGGGAGGGGCUGGUGAUCACGAGGAGCGUGAACCUCCUGAGAGGGAGCAGCCGAGGAGGAAACACUCCCGUCGCAGCCUCCACCGCUCCUCCUCCUCUUCUGAACACAAGGAUGAGCGGCCUGACAAGAGGGAGUCACACGAAACCGACACCUCUGAAAAUCUUGCAGAGCUGAAGAGUCCCAGGCUCGACCCAAAGAUCCACUCCGACGUUCCCUUCCAGAUGUUGGACUGGAACAGUGGUUUGACAUUAGAGAAGAUCAGCCAUAACCCCUGGGGCCUCCGUUGUCACAAACAGCAGCUCAGUCGCAUGAGGUCUGAGUCCAAGGACCGCAAACUCUUUAAGUUCCUAUUGUUGGAGAACGUGGUUCACCACUUCUCUUACCCCUGCAUCCUGGACCUGAAGAUGGGCACCAGGCAGCACGGAGACGACGCCUCCGAGGAGAAGGCGGCCAGGCAGAUGAAGAAAUGUGAACAGAGCACUUCAGCGACGCUGGGGGUCAGAGUGUGUGGCAUGCAGGUGUACCAGCUGAACACUGGUCACUACCUCUGCAGGAACAAGUACUACGGCCGCGGCCUGUCGAUCGAAGGGUUCCGCCAGGCCCUCUACCAGUACCUGCACAACGGAAAGGGCCUGAGGCAGGACCUCUUUGAGCCAAUCCUGAAUAAGCUUCGCAGCCUAAUGGCGGUGCUGGAGAGGCAGGCUUCCUAUCGCUUCUACUCGUCUUCGCUGCUCAUCAUCUAUGAGGGAAAGGAAACUGAGGGCCCCUCAGUCCACAGCUCUGGGCAGCACACAGCCUGGCAACAGAAGACUCCUCUGGCCCCUACAGAGCCCGGCCCCGGGCCCUACACUCCCCCGGCCCCCGACACUCCCUGUCAAACGGACAUGAGCCAGAACCCGGUGUCGCUGUCCUCUCAAGGGUCUGGACCAACGGCUCCGCCCUCCUCCGCCCCCCAUCCUCCCCCACAAGCCCCAACCACCACUUCAGACUGCCACUCCUUCUCCCCCCCUACACCCUCGCAUCACCCCCGUCCAGACUCCUCCUCCCUGUCCACUUCUCCCACUUUAAUUUCCUUGCCCCCUCCUCCUGCCCCACCAAAGCAGCCCCCCCUUGUGGACGUUCAUAUGAUCGACUUCGCCCACUCCACCUUCAAGGGUUUCCGCGGGGACACAGCGGUGCACGACGGGCCGGACCGGGGCUACAUGUUCGGACUGGAGAGCCUGGUCCGGAUCCUGGAGAGCCUGCGGGACGGCAACCUGCCCUAGCUCUGCACGCACACACACAUGCACACACACACACACACACACACACACACACACUGCUCGUUGUGAGUUUGCUUAGGUCAUGCUGCUGAGACAUCUCAGCUGUAAAUAUGGAACAGGGUUCUCCAGGAUGUCACCAUGGAAACAUGGGCAUUCUACAGGAAAGUAGUUACUAUAGCAACGGGCAGGAGGUGAGACAGUUGAGCUCUGGAACACCUCUGCACCACACACACUGGUUGUGCAUCUUUACUUGUGAGGACCCUCACUGACAUAAUUCGUUCUCUUGCUCCUGAAGUUAACCAUCACAACUAAAGCCCAAACUCCAGUACUCAACUAAAACCAAAAGUUCACACACAAUCUUCAUCAAUCAGAAAAAUCAUAGAUUAACAAAACCUUCUUGGUCGAAGUAAUAACUCCUAACACCAAAUCAAACUUUGAAGGAUUUAAGGACCAGACGAGGUGCCCUCAUGGUCCUCAUAAACAUAGACAAUCAACAGCAGACAGACAUACACACUUACAGUAAACACACACACACACUUACAGUAAACACACACACACACACACACUAAACACACACACACACACACACAUCCUGGGAACAUUUAUCUCUGGAGCUGCACCGUGGAGGAGAGAAACAACCAUUCAGCUCAAUCCCAGGGACCGCCCACUGACAGCACACAAUCACGUAACUCACCCCCCGACACCCCUCACCCCUCAUCCCCCUCACACCUCUGCCUACUCCUCACCCCUCUUUCUCUACACAAACCAAACCUGGACAGGUGAACAGACUCUUUCAGCGUUACCUCCAAGACGCACUCAGAACCACAAACAAGCAUCUGUUAAAGCAAUAGAUGGCGAUGAUAGAUGGCAACUUUUUUUCUCGGGCAGUGCAGAGGGCGACAUCGCCCACAGGGAGAAAUGCGUCAGAAGUGUGCAUCAUAGCAGUUAGACUUUAAGGAAAGAGUAAAGAUCAUUUUUAAAAACGCUAUAUGUCCGUUUUUGGGGCUUAAAGUAGUCGGUGUCCUGUGAAAAUCAUCCCCUCUAUUGUGUCAGUGUCAGUUUCCCAAAUCCAGUCUAGUGAUAUUCUAUAUUUUUCAUCCUGUCAACAAACCCCAUGAAUAUCUAUCGGAUCAACAGGUCAUGUUUCAGUGUAAAAGUCUGAUUGAUCUUGUUCCUUUGUGCCAAAACACAUCACUUUUACAUUGGAUCACAUGUUCAGUGAAAAUCAACAAACACAUUCGACUGAAGUUCACUUGCACCAUCCUGCUGCUGGACACACUCACGAAAGACCCAAAAUACGUUUUAAUGUGCUGCUGAAAGACGUCCCCAGCAAACGCACUACUUCCUGGUGUUUGCUGGAAAGUUGCGAUUGAGUGUUUUUUUAUAGAACAGUAGAUUUGUGUGUUUCAUGCUUUUAUUCUCUGGCUGACGGGAGAGAGAUGAUCAGAAACGACUCUUGUCUGCAGAUGUUGCAGGUCGUGGUCUGCACUUCAACCCCUGAGCUCCCCUUCGAAGUUCAUCCUUAAACUUGUCUGUCAGCAGCCAACAAUAAUCUUCCCACAGCCUCGGUUCAGCAGCUGCUCUGGAGCUUUCCGUCAUUAAAGCCUAAAGAUCAAAAUCUCUAGAUCAGCUGUUAAUAUGACUUUGUGGUAAUAAUUAGAAAUGUUUAGGAAACAGUUUUCCCUUCAUUUAAAAACAAAAAAAGUGCAACUUCUGUUUCUAACUGGUAAAUAAGUGGUGAUUACCUGGAAAAGGAAAUAGCAGUUUUAACUGGGUGAUAUAUAAUAUACUUUAAAGUCUUUGAAAAUUCAAACUAACAUUCUAUGAAGACAUGAUAUUGGGUCGUUGCAUAGAAGUGUGUAGUCACCGAUCUUUCUCUGCAUUUUCAGUGUAACAGAAAAUCAUUAGUAAUAAUGUCUUUAUCAAAUUUUAGUUCCUAUGAAGAAACUUUCAAUUGUUCAAAUGUGUGGAUCUUGUGAUUUAAUCCAAAACUCUAGAAACAGCUUGAAUUUUGAGGUGGUUUUGUUUUGUCGACUUUAAAUUUUACUAGAUUAACGUGUAUUUACACAGGAUUGAGAAUUCAGAAUGUUUAAAGAGACACGUCGUUGGUCUUCAUGGGAUUUGUUGACACGAUUAAAGUGUGGAGUGGUACCAGCCUUAUUAUGUGCACUAGAGUGACAUGGUGGAAUAACAGGAAUAUUUAUUGUCCAGAGUAUUUUUCUGAUAUGUCAACACGACAAAUGUGCACAAAAUUGCACUAAAAGAAGUUGUGAUAUAAUUUGCUUUGAAUCAUUAAUAACAGAAAACCUGAUAAAUAAUUGGACAAACGAUAAAGAAACUAUCGUUCAGCUCGACACCCAAAAAAUACACCAGUAAAUAAAAUCAUCCUCGGGUCGACGUCGGCAGAAUUGGCCAAAGUGUCUCGACUGAGGAUGUUAUCGUUUCGUCUCAUCUCAUAGGUCAGAUGAGACGGUGUCAGCCAAUCACACACAACUUCCAGAGGGGGGCUGGUCGUGACACCACACCGCCCCCUGCUGGACAAGAACAGGAACUUAACCCCAAGAGCUGGAAUAGAGCAAAUAUGAAUAUUUUAUUUUUGGUUUAACAAGGUGAUAAUUUAUUUUUUUAUCGUACCUUUACCCAUAUGUGGGGGUAAAUGUUCUGUCUUUUACAUGUCUCUCCCCCUAAAUGUAUAAACUGUAAAGAAAUUAAGACACUGUGUGAAAAGUCACGAGUAUAAGCAGUAUUACUUGAGCUAACUCAAGUCUGUUUUGUUUGCUGCAAACACUCGGCCUCAGUCUGACGUUGAUUCUGUAUCGACAGACAAAAAAAAAAAAAAAACGAUGUUUCAUGAAGAAACACAAGCAGCAAAUCCAGACCUGAGUCCGCUCACUGAGCACGACGCCUCUGCGGAGCUGCUGCUCUGGUAAAAAGCUCUUCUUGAAAGUGUGAGUGUGUGCGUGUGUGUUAGAGCAGAUGUAGACGCCAUCUUUAGUCUUUGGUUUGUUUCACUUCACAUUUAAGGAGUUGGUAAAGAACUGCAUGCACGUUUACGUCCUCCUGUUUGAGUCAUUUUUCAUCACAGCGUCAAAACGGUCUUGUUACAGUCCUCACAGAGUCUAACGCAGUGACGGUCCGCGUGUCCUCUCAGAUCGUGAUAUUUAUUCAUGGAUAUUAGCCUCAAUGACUGAUCAGAGUUAUUUAGCAGCAUUUUCUGCAUCUGACAUUGUCCUGUUUGUUAGAACAGUGGAAGUAAGUGAGAUUAAAUCUUUCCAGAAGCU